AUGACGCAUCCAGCAUCCUUAAGUAUUUUCUCAGAAAGUGGUUCCAAUGUCAAGUUUUUCAAUGUCAAAGACUAUGGUGCAACUGAAGAUGGCAAGACAGAUAGCAGUCAGGCAUUUUUGAGAGCAUGGAAAGAAGCGUGUGGAUGGGAAGGGAAAGCUAGGGUUUGGAUCCCAGAAGGGACCUUUCAGCUUCACCCAGUGACAUUUGAUGGACCAUGCAAGGGUUUGAUGGCGUUUGUGAUUAAAGGAGUUCUAAUGGCUCCGGCUGGUCCAUUCACUGACAAAUGGAUCAAUUUCCGACAUGUUGAUAACCUCUCCGUCUUCGGCGGCGGCAAGUUGGACGGCCAAGGCGCGACGGCUUGGCACCACAGUGACUGCGGCAACAACCGUAAUUGCCAGCAGCUAGCUUCAAACAUGAGAUUUGACUUCAUCACCAACGGUCGAGUCCAUCACAUUCAUUCCAUCGAUAGCAAAAGUAGUCACUUUGUGCUAUUCGGUUGUAAAAACAUGAACUUCACAAAGAUAAGAAUAUCUGCUCCUGAAGAUAGUCCAAACACUGAUGGCAUCAAAAUUGGGAAAUCCAUCAGAAUAAACAUAACAAGAAGUACAAUUAGUACGGGUGACGAUUGCAUUGCGAUGAUCUCCGGCACCCGAACUGUGUGGAUAUCGGAAGUGACGUGCGGCCCCGGACAUGGAAUCAGUGUGGGAAGCCUUGGUAAGGAAGAUGGUGAAGAAGAUGUAGAAGACAUUAUUGUGAAGAAUUGCACAUUGGAUGGAACAAGUAAAGGUGUGAGAAUUAAGACAUGGGCUUCUCGUUUGAGCAAACCCUUGAAGGCUUCUAAUUUUGUGUAUGAAGAUAUUGUUAUGAAUGAUGUGUGGGAUCCCAUCAUUAUUGAUCAACAAUAUUGCCCAUAUCCUCAUUGUGAAACACAGGUUUGUGUGAGCUCACAAGUGGAGAUAAGUAAGGUGAGGUACAAGAAUAUUCAAGGAAGUAGCAGGAGUGAAGUUGGAGUGACACUGAAUUGCAGCAAAGAUAAGCCAUGCCAUGAUAUCACAUUGCAAGACAUUAAUCUGUGGCCUCAACUUUCUUCUUCUUUUCAUGAGCUCACCACUUCAUGUUCAAAUGUCCAUGGUGCUUCUUAUGGCAAACAAAGCCCUCCUAGUUGCUUAUAA